AUGGCCCUGCGCGCCGCCACGCCGAUGCCAUUGCUCGGCCUGGCCGCCACAGAUGCUGGACGAUAUGGGCCUUUGCCGUUCAAUAGCGAACAGCCCAUGGCCCUACGCGCUUCUGCCGGUGGGCAACAGACUACACCGAUGCCAUUGCACAGUGUGGCCGCCGCGGAUGCUAGACGGUCUACGCCGUGGCCGUUCAGUGACGAGCAGCCCAUGGCCCUGCGCGCCGCCGCCGGUGGCCAACAGACCACGCCGAUGCCAUUGCGCGGCGUGGCUGCCACAGAUGAUGGACGGUCUAAGCCGUGGCCGUUAAGCAUCGAGCAGCUCAUGGCCCUGCGUGCUGCGGCCGGUAGCAGCCAGGCCACGCCGAUGCCAUGGCACGGCGUGGCCGCCACAGACGCUGGACUGUCUAAGCCAUGGCCGUUCAGCUCCGAGCAGCCCGUGUCCCUGCUUGCUGCCGCCGGUGGCCACCAGACCACCCCGGUGUCAUUGCACGGCGUGGGCGCCGCAGAUGCUGGACCGUCUAAGCCGUCGCCGUUCAGUGUCCAGCAGCUCAUGGCCCUGCACGCUGCGGCCGAUAGCGACCAGGCCACUCCAAUGCCGAUGUACGGCACGGCUGCCGCAGAUGAUGGACGGUCUAAACCAUGGCCGUUCAGUGCAGAGCAGCCCAUGGCCCUGCUUACUGCGGCCGGUGGCCACCAGACCACCCCGAUGUCAUUGCACGGCAUGGCCACCGCAGAUGCUGGACUGUCUAAGCCGUCGCCGUUCAGUGUCCAGCAGCUCAUGCCCCUGUGCGCUGCGGCUGGUAGCCACCAGGCCACGCAGAUGCCAUUGCACGGCGUGGAUGCCGCAGAUGCUGGAUGGUCUAAGCCGUUGCCGUUCAGUGCCGAGCAGCCCAUGGCCCUGCGCUCUGCAGCUGGUGACCACCAGGCCAUGCCGAUGCCAUUGCACGGAGCGGCUGCGGCUGCGGCUGCAACUGAUGCUGGACGGUCUAAGCCGUGUCCGUUAAGCGCCGAGAAGCUCAUGUCUCUACAGAAUGCAGAGUUUGAUGAGCAUAAACUGCCUGACUCCAAUAAGGCUGUUCCGCCGAGUAAGACGUCGCUUCCGGGGAAGUCGGAACUAACAGGAAUAACCAUUCCAGUUAAGAAGCUCAAACCACCCAAGAAAUGGAACUGCACCGUCUGCCAGGUGCAAGCGACCUGUGAGAAGAACUUACAGAUGCAUUAUGCUGGGCAGAAGCACUUGGCAAAUGUAGCAACACUGGGCCCAGGAACCAAGCCAAGUGAUCAGAAGGCGAAAGCAGCAGCAACAGCAGCGGCGGCACAACCUUCUCUUGGCACAGAGCAGAGGAAAACAUCCUCGAUAAACUGGAGUUGCAGUACCUGCCAGGCCCACGGUACAUCCAAAUCGACAUUCGAUGCGCACCUCCAAGGCAAAAGACACCAGCAGAACAUCGCAGAAGCAUCCGUAGAAGGCGAUGGCGAUGGCAAUGGCAAUGGCGCACCGAAGAACGCUGCAGCGGCGGUGGAAGCAAAAUCGGAUGGCGUCACCGUGCCGAAGCGUUCAGAGAAGCCAUCACCGGUCUGGAGCUGCAGCAUUUGCCAAACUACAUGCACCUGCGAAACAGACUUGAAGAACCACCUGAAGGGCGCAAGACACCGAGAAAAGCUCCAGUCCCUGCUUGAAGAGAGCAAGAACAUGGCAAGGAAUCCUGAGAGAAACUUGAAGAAAAACAAUGCACCACAAAUGGCCAAGAAUCAAGGACCACACCCGGCAUGGAACUGCGGAAUGUGCCAGGCCAAAUGUUUCUCCAAAUCUCAGUUUGAGAAUCAUUGCAGUGGCAGCAGGCACCAGCAGAAGAUCGAGGCGAUACUCGGCAAACGCGAGACCGCGAAAGCGAGCAGCUCGAGCACUGCAAAUGAACUAGCUUCGGACUGCAAGAACGCAAGCUCAGAGAAGGCAGAGAAGAAAGCUACGCUGUACUUCUGCGAGGUCUGCAAUUUGCUGUGUGGCAGCAGUGAGAUGCUGGUAAGCCAUCGUUAUGGGAAGAGGCACCGGGAAAAGCUCAGGGCAAGGAAAUGA